CUCCAUCAGCUGAGACGUCGACUUCCAAAGAUGCCCGGGGUGUGGGAAUGCCGUGCACUUGUGUGAGCUCUUCUCUUUGCCAUGUUUUUUUUCCCCUCCCAUUAUUUCUGUGUGGACUUUAUGGAAUUAUUUUUUUAAAAAAAAGAAUCUGCUCCUGGUUCAGGUUCCUUCAAAGACGGACAUGAACAACCCUGAGUCCAGCUCGGAAAACUGUCCCCAGGGGCCGUGGCGCUCGGUCCCGGAGGCUCUUGGUGGUUCCUGCAGUGCCCAGUCAUCCCAGUAACACCAAUUAGGAUAUUUCAGCUGGUGACUUUGUUUUUUUGACCAGUUUUUUUGGUUUUUUUCAAGAGCAUUUGAGCCGCUUCCCCACCGUCUGAUGUGUUCAGUCAAGGCUUGGGACUGUCUUUGACGUGAUGCUCUGUGGGAGUGGUUUGAGUGAGGUUUGGUUUGGUUUUCCUGCAGCCACAUCGGAGGUGGAAUGGCCUUGCCGAGGUCUGGAACGCCAGGCAGACCCAGUGCAGAGGUUGUAUCCCAGCGAUGCUCCAGGGUCCGUGUCCCUGCCCCGUAUCCCGGCAUCCAGGGGCUGGCAGGGGCCUGGACCUCGGUGCCAGGUUUUCCAGCUGCGUCUCCCUGCUGAGCUGGGUGGGAGAGGAGGGAAGAGAUGCCGUGGUGCUGCUGGGAUGGAGCCUUGGGCCUGGAUCUCCUACCCCUGUGUCUUCCCCAUCCAGCCAGACAGGUCUGGCCACAGUCCCCUGGCAUGGGAUGAGUCCAGAGGGUCCCAGCGCCCAGCUCCUGGAUCCCUUCCCUCUGCUCCCUCAUGGCUGGGCUUUCCUUGGAGCAGCUUCAGGUCACUGGGGCCGAGGGAACCCCUCGUCCCCCCUCACCCCUCCUGUGUGCCACGGCCUUCCCAUGGCCCUGGACCCGCCGGGAGAAGCGGAGUGAGCGCUGCCGGUGAUGGGCCCCGGAGCACCAAAGGGGAGCAGGGCUGGCAGCCCCUGAAAGGUGGGAUCCCCUGGGCCAGAGAAUAUCAGGGAGAGCUGGACACCUGCACUUGCCCUGUUGGAUGUCAUUUUUGGUGUCCUCUUCUCCAGCUCCUCACCAUAUCACACCGGCGCUGCCUCCCGGCACAUCCCCGUCAGAGGAUAAUUAGCAAUAACGAACUUCGAGGCAACGGUAACUGGAAUAUCCAGGCUGCACAUGGGACACUUAUGCAAUCAGGUUCCUCAUCCAUCAGUCUCCUGGUCAGCUUCCAGCACCUCCAUCCCCGUUCUCCCCCACAGCCCCCGCGUGUACAGUCCCUCCAGCCCCUGUACAGCGUCACCGUGGGGAGGGACAGCCCCCCCUGCUCUCAAGGGACCCUUUCAUCUUAUUUAUUUGCUUCUAAUUUAUACAUAUAUAUAAAUAUAUAUAAAAUUAUUUUGCUUAAAUUUCUAUGGUACACAAUAGAUGAAAAAUGAUGAAGACAGAAGUGUCUGUCUGAGUUUUUGCAGCACGAGUACGAUCCCCCUCGGCUCAUCCCCGAGGUCGGGGGAUGGUGAUGGAGUGAUUCCCAAAGCAGGGAAGUUGUGUUUUGCUCCAAAGCUGGAUGCAGUAGUAUGGGAAAGGUUUUCCAGAGACAUUCCCCUCUGGAAACGAUUUGUUUGGGGUUUGAGGGGCGGCACUCGAGAUCCCUGGGAAUGGGAUGCUCCAAACUGCUUCCCAGGUCCUGGGUGUCACAGCCGCUGCUCCGGCGUGUUCACUCCCUCCAGACCCUUCCUGGAGCUGUGCCCUGGCUCGGGAAAGUCGAUGCAGGUCUUAAAUGAUCCAGACUUCAUUAAAUGUGGGAUUCAGCCCGUGGAGAGCUGCCGGUGUCCCGGCCCCAGGUGUCCUUCCUGGGAGAGCAGAGGAUGCUCCACACUGAUCCCGGUGCCGCUGGGUUGGUUUGUGGCAGCACCAAAGUGUCCCGGGGGAUUUAUCCCACUUGAGGCCUGAAUUGGGUUUGUAAAAUGGGCUAAAAGUUGAGCUUUUCAGAAUGCCUUACUUUUCCUUUUUGCUGUGUCAAUGCAACUGUCACCUGGGAGCUUGGAGAGGGGAGAAACUCCAGCACGGGCUGUUCCCGAAGCUGGAUCUGGGUGUUCCCGCAGCAGAGGAGGGCGGGGAGCAGGAUGUUGCCCUGUAAGUGCUGGCUCCGAGGGUCCUGCUGGGCUCUGGGGCCCUGAGAGGUCCUCUCUGAUGUGCCCCCAUGGCCACAUCCAUCUGGGAAUCCCCAUCACAACCCUGCACAGCUCCAUGGAGCACAGGGGAGCACGAGGAGCACCCCCAACCCAGGAAUCCCCCGGAUUUUAGGCUAAUUGGAAAAAUUGCUCCAUCUUCCAGAGUUCAUCUGUCAGCAGCACUUAACCAGAGCACCAUCUCCUGGUCCCUCUGUUCCUCCUGGAGGAUUUUAGUGUCAUUCCACUGUAAAUGCUGUUGAAUGUAUUUUCUUUUUGAACAAUAAUAUAUUGUGAGUGAUCCCUCUUCUCCUUCACGGAAAUAAAACUUGGAUUCGGGAGAUAGGAAGAG